UUUCUGGUUGACGAAUGAGCUCUCGUGACCGUAUACGAGGGAGAAUAUUUUAAAUUAAUCUUUUUUAAGUAUAGAUUGACAUUGUUAUAUACAUAUUUUUUUUGUGGGAAAAGAAUUUCAUUAUUAUUGCAGUGAUAUUUAAGAAAAUCAAUAUAAAUUGUUAUACUUGUUAAACGUUUGUUGUAGAAUUUAUUGCUCAAAAAAUAACCUAAGGUGAUGGGAGAAAGACAAUCUAGACAAUCUAACGAUUGGCGACCUUUUGUUUAUGGAGGCCUUGCUUCUAUCGUUGCAGAGUUAGGUACUUUUCCUUUGGAUACAACAAAAACACGUUUGCAAGUGCAAGGUCAAAAAUUAGAUAGAAAGCAUGCACAUUUAAAGUAUUCUGGUAUGACUAACGCUUUAUUUCAAAUAUCUAAAGAAGAAGGAUUCCGAGCUUUAUAUUCUGGGAUUAGUUCCGCUAUUCUUAGACAAGCUACGUAUGGAACAAUAAAGUUUGGAACAUAUUAUUCGCUGCAAGAAAUCGCUACAAAAAAAUGGGGAACAGAUGAUGCAGUACUUAUUAAUAUUAUAUGCGCAGCAUUAGCUGGUGCAAUAUCAAGUGCAAUAGCUAAUCCUACCGAUGUGAUAAAAGUUCGUAUGCAAGUAACAGGUAUCGAUGCUAAUUUAUCCUUAAUGAGUUGCUUCCAAGAUGUUUAUCAACAUGAAGGCAUACGUGGCUUAUGGAGGGGUGUAGGGCCAACUGCUCAAAGAGCGGCCAUUAUCGCGGCGGUAGAAUUACCUAUUUAUGACUUUAGUAAGAGUAAAUUUAUGGAAUUUCUUGGGGACAGCGUUAGUAACCAUUUUGUAUCUAGUUUUAUCGCCAGUAUGGGUAGUGCAGUCGCUUCUACUCCCAUAGAUGUUGUACGUACACGACUGAUGAAUCAAAGAAGAGUAUCAACUUCUAGUGGCAAAUUACCACCUCAUAUUUAUACUGGAAGUAUGGAUUGUUUCAUUCAGACCAUAAAAAAUGAAGGAUUUUUUGCAUUGUAUAAAGGAUUUAUACCAACAUGGUUUAGAAUGGGUCCAUGGAAUAUUAUAUUCUUUAUUACUUACGAACAAUUGAAACAACUUUAAUCAUUAGUAGCUUAUCUUA